AUGGAUGAGGCUCGGUGCCUCGAGAGACGCUGCGCAGGUGGCCUGCCACAACUGACAGAGAGCCGGGGCAGCAAACUAGGUCCCAGCUACUCAGGCGGGAUGGGCUGCCGCGAGGUGCUAGUUAGCCAUUUGGAGCAAAAGACAAUUUCCAAAGAAUUGAGUGUGAACUUUCCUCUUCAACAAGUAGGCGAAGGGGAACUGAAGGAAAACCCCAACCUCGAGGGAAGCCGUGUGUUAGUAAGUACCUGA